GCUGCAAUGUCUCUGGCAGGAGAAGUAUGUGUGGUGACAGGAGCGUGUGGGUUUCUGGGAGAAAAGCUGGUCAGACUGUUGCUGGAGGAGGAAAAGCUUGCUGAAAUCCGACUGCUGGACAGAAACAUGCGAUCUGAGCUAAUACAGUCUCUUGACGAUUGCAGAGGAGAUACUAAACUGAGUGUGUUUGAGGGAGACAUCAGGGAGUGUGAGCUGUUGAGAAGAGCCUGCAGGGGAGCAGCACUUGUUUUUCACACUGCAUCUCUCAUCGAUGUCACUGGAGCAAUCGAGUACAGUGAAUUAUAUGGUGUCAAUGUUAAAGGAACACAACUACUGAUUGAGACAUGCAUACAGGAGAAUAUGGCCUCCUUCAUUUACACAAGCAGCAUUGAGGUUGCUGGUCCAAAUCCUUGCGGUGAUCCAAUCAUCAACGGCAAUGAGGACACGCCUUACACCUCAAGUCUUAAGUUUAACUACAGCAAAACCAAAGAUGAGGCUGAACAGAUUUGCCUUCAGGCUAAUGGAGAGAUUCUGCGCAACGGAGGCCAGCUGGCUACCUGUGCAUUAAGACCCAUGUACAUCUUCGGAGAGGGUUGUCGUUUUACAUUAGGUCACAUGAGAGAUGGAAUCCGUAAUGGAAACUUGCUGCUUAGAACCUCAAGUCGUGAGGCAAAAGUGAAUCCUGUAUAUGUGGGAAAUGUAGCUCUUGCACAUCUACAAGCUGCGCGAGCCCUCAGAGAUCACCAAAAGAGAGCAGUGAUGGGUGGAAACUUCUACUACAUCUCAGAUGACACCCCACCUGUCAGCUACUCGGACUUUAACUACGCUGUUCUUUCAACUUUAGGCUUUGGGAUGCAAGAGAGACAUAUUUUGCCCCUCCCCCUUCUCUAUCUGCUGUCAUACUUCAUGGAAUUCCUGCAUAUUGUGCUCCACCCCUUUCUGAGAUUUACCCCACCCAUAAAUCGACAGCUAUUGACCAUGUUAAACACACCCUUUAGUUUCUCAUAUCAAAAGGCCCACAGAGAUUUUGGAUAUAGCCCUCGCUAUGACUGGGAAGAGGCACGCAGGCGCACUACUGAUUGGCUAGCGUCUGUCUUGCCUAUAGAGAGACAAAGAUUGAACUCGAAAUAAGCAUUUAUGUUUGUCAUGUUUAUCAUUAUUGUGCUUCCUGUAUUUUUCACCGUGACACCAUG